GGAAGUGAAAGUUCACCCUUUGAUAAAUAAGGCAUCCAUUUUUCACCCUUCAGUACAUCUAACUAUGAUUUUAUUUGGUAAAACAGAAACACAGACUACCAGACAAUCUAAAUAGGGACUAACGAUGGGAGGAGCAGCGUUCAUUUAAUAAGGGAGAGUUGAGGAGACAGCGACAGAAGCUCUGGAGAGAGCAACGGUUAGUUUGAUUGCAAAAUAUGUUCUUAGUCUUGGAAUCUACAAGGAAAUUCCUUUAAAAGCAACAAAAGGAAAUCUGUUCACAGUGGGAAGGAGAUGUGUGCAAAGCUAAAGGAAAAUCUGUGGCAGUACAGGAGAAUUAAAGGAGGUGUGUGGAGGCUGUCAGCUUGUGUCGUGUGAAGAGAUGAAGCAAAUCUGUGAAAAGCUGAGAUUUGGACUCUGAAGACUAUUCUACUCUUGCUGAUGUUAUAACAGACACACUCUCUGAGCUUUCAAGGCAAAGGUUUGGAAGAAUACAAAGAAAGCACUGUGGCAAAUGAUACAGGAGAGAAAAGUGGAAUGAGGAGAAUAGAAGAAAGAACAGAGCCUCUACUGUUUGUGAAGAACUGGGAGUAACCAAGUUAAGCUUCAAGACACAAAAUGGUAGCAGCAGGGCAUGGAAAUUUUACAUUUACUGACAAUACAACUGAAGAAAAUUGUACAUUGGACCACACAAUUCACCAAACCCUGUUCCCUGUGGUCUAUAUUACCGUGUUACUUGUUGGCCUUCCUGCAAACUGCUUGUCCUUGUACUAUGGCUAUUUACAAAUCAAGGCAAAGAAUGAACUUGGCAUAUACCUGUGCAACCUAACAAUCGCUGACCUCCUCUACAUCUUCUCGCUGCCUUUCUGGAUACAGUAUGUGCUGCAGCAUGAUAACUGGACCUACAAUGAAAUGAUGUGCAAGAUCUGUGGCAUCCUGCUCUAUGAGAACAUCUACAUUAGUAUUGCAUUCCUCUGUUGUAUCUCGGUUGACCGCUACCUUGCCUUGGUGCACCCGUUUAGGUUCUACAAGCUAAGGACAAUGCAGACUGCUCUUUUGGUCAGUAUAGUCAUUUGGCUGAAGGAAUUAUUGACCAGUUACUUCUUCUUCUCACACGGAGAAUUCACCAAAGAUCCUGAAAGCCAUAUUAUCUGCUUCGAACAUUAUCCUAUGAAACCCUGGGAGCACAGCAUUAACUACUAUCGCUUCUUUGUUGGGUUCCUUUUGCCAAUCCUUUUGCUUGGGUUUUCCUACUGCAGUAUAUUUAAAGUAGUGCGCCACAGUCAAGGAACACAAAGAAAGUUAAAAAUUCAGGUCAAACAACUUGUUCUAAGCACUGUUAUAAUUUUUCUGGUCUGCUUUGGACCAUACCAUAUCUUGGUAGUCAUCCGAACCAUGUUUGAGAAAAACUGUGUUUUUGCUGCCAGAAUAUUUAAUGUCUAUCACUUCUCUUUGUUGUUAACCAGCUUCAACUGUGUAGCAGACCCAGUUCUGUACUGUUUUGCCAGUGAAAACACCUAUAGAGACUUCUUAAAGUUGAAAGAUACGUGCAUUACAUGCACAAGAUAUCUCAAGAUUGGAAAAAAGGCAAAUAAACAACCAAUAAACAGUCUAGAACAGACCGAUAUCAACACAAAACAGAACAUUUCAGAGAAUGAAGCUGUUGUAUUGUAUGAACAAAGGGUUUCAAGCAUUGUUUGUGCUGAAAAUGGAGCAGACCAAUCCCCUUCCUGCAGUCUAUAGUACCUUCAGAAAUAUCUGCCUGUUUUCCUCCUAAAUAAGGAUGUGAGAAUUGCAUAUUUGUAACCAGUUUAUUCUUUUGAGCAGGGAUUACAUUAUCAGCCACAAGUGAAAAGAGUAUAAAACUAUUGCAAAAUUCUUUUUUUACAUGAUUUUAUGUUAAAUCUAUUUUUUUUUUUUACAAUUAAGCUUGGCAUACACAUAAUGAUUUUACAGUAAGGAAACACAUCUCAAUCCAAGUAGCCGCACUCACAGGUCUUAAGAUGUAAGAAAAACUUUUAUUGAAGGUGAAAAACUGACGUUUCGCUGAAAAAACUGACACCAGCAAAAACGUUAGUUUUUCACCUUCAAUAAAAGUCUUUUUACAUCUUAAGAUCUGUAAAUGCGGCUACUUCAAUUAAUUUAUGUUCAUCCGUUUUGGGAACUGCAGCCAGGCAUCGGUCACUUCUUUCCAGUGAGUGCCAGCAUCCACUUCUCUUUUCAAGGAUGAUACAAAACUUUAAAAAUCCACAAUAAAUAACAAAAGUGCUCCAACAUAGACCAAUCAGUGCCCUCAUUCAAUUAACAACUCAAUGUGAAUCAUGUGUUACAACCAAGUGUCUCUCAAGUAUCAUGUGUUACAAUCAAGUAAUAUAUAUAUAUUCUCAUACACAUAUGUACAUAUAUAUUCCUGAAAGAGUUAUAAGAGUACAGUCAAAAUAUACAUAUAUGAACAAAUUCUAUUCUUACACAUAUCUAUAGUAACAACAUAACAAACAUUCCAGCUGAUAUUCCAGCUUCAUCUCUUCAGUUAUAAACCACCUGU